AUGGUGGUGGACGGCGUUCUGAUGUUGGUAGACGGCGUACUGGUUGGUGUUGGUAGGCGGCGUCUGGUCGGUACGAAAACAAAUGUUGACACUGAAAAUUUGCCGGAAAACCGGCUACUGAGCCCACCUGGAGUUCCUCCUCGCUCCAGCUGGGUCCAGCUUACAAAGAGAGCUGCAUACAUGAUUGAUAUUGGUGCCGCUGAUUGA